ACAAAUCGAGAGCUACCGCCGACGGUCGCGUGUGCAUAGCAAGUAGGCAGAGGAGACGCGAAGGACAAGAAGACUCCGCCACUCGCCGUCUACAAGCAUCGCCCCAGCCGCCCCAGCCGCGGCCCUUCGACAGAUACACACACAGUUCACGUACGGAUUACAUCUGGCGUUCGCUCGGCGCCGGCCGUGACAAGCACCAGCAGCAACUUUGACGUUUCGGGUUUUUUUGCUCUUUACCACCACCCACACCCGCAAUGGACAGCGCCGAGUUCCGCGUGAAGGGCAAGGAGAUGGUGGACUACAUCUGCGACUACCUGGACGGGCUGGGCUCGCGCCGCGUCACGCCCAACGUGGAGCCGGGCUACCUGCGCCGCCUGCUGCCCGGGGAGGCGCCACAGCAGCCCGAGGAGUGGGACUCCAUCAUGCGCGACGUGGACGACAAGAUCAUGCCCGGCGUCACCCACUGGCAGCACCCGCGCUUCAACGCCUACUUCCCCUCCGGCAACUCCUUCCCCUCCAUCCUCGGGGACAUGCUGUCCGACGCCAUUGGUUGCAUCGGAUUCUCAUGGGCUGCCAGUCCCGCAUGCAGCGAGCUGGAGAACAUCGUCAUGGACUGGUUCGGCAGAGCCAUCGGCCUUCCUGAAGAGUUUCUGAGCAGCGGCAAGAACAGCAAAGGCGGCGGAGCUAUUGAAGCGUCCGCGAGCGACUGCAUCCUCGUGUCCAUGCUGGCCGCUCGGGCCCAGGUGAUCCGCUACCUCAAAGAGGACCAACCCGACGUGGAGGACAGCGUCUUCCUGCCGAAACUGGUCGCGUACUGCUCUCGAGAGGCGCACUCGUGCGUGGAGAAGGCUGCCAUGAUCUGCAUGGUGAAGCUGCGCGUUCUCGACCCCGACGACAAGUGCAGCCUGCGAGGCGCCACCCUCAGAAAGGCGAUGGAGGAAGACGAAGCGGAGGGCUUGGUGCCCUUCUUCGUGUCGUGCACCCUCGGCUCCACCGGCAGCUGCUCCUUCGACAACCUGGUGGAGGUGGGGCCCGUGUGCCGCUCCUUCCCCUGCGUGUGGAUGCACGUGGACGGCGCGUACGGCGGCAACGCCUUCAUCUGCCCCGAGCUGCGGCCGCUCAUGGCCGGCAUCCACUUCGCCGACUCCUUCAACACCAACCCCAACAAGUGGCUGCUGGUGAGCUUCGACUGCUCGUGCCUGUGGGUGCGCGACCGCAUCCGCCUCACGUCGGCGCUGGUGGUGGACCCGCUGUACCUGCAGCACGACCACUCCGACGAGGCCAUCGACUACCGCCACUGGGGCAUCCAGCUCAGCCGUCGCUUCCGCUCGCUUAAGCUGUGGUUCGUCAUCCGGCGCUACGGCAUCACCGGCCUGCAGGCGUACAUCCGCAAUCACAUUCGUCUGGCCAAGGCCUUCGAGGAACUCGUCCGCAAAGACGACAGAUUCGAAGUGCACAACGACGUGAGAUUGGGAUUGGUGUGCUUUAGACUGAAAGGCACCGACCGUAUAAAUCAAGACUUGCUCGCUUCCAUCAACGGUUCCGGUAAACUGCAUAUGAUUCCGUCGCUUGUUCGAGGCAAAUACAUCAUCAGAUACUGCGUCGUGGCUGAGCAUGCUUCUGACGCUGAUAUCGAUCACGCGUGGGAGGUGAUCCAGAAGCACGCGACGGAGCUGCUGGAGCCGUCGGUGGAGAAGGACGUGCCUGUGCCCGUCAAAGCCGCGCCCGUCAUCCCGACGAAGCCCGACCCCUCGCAGCGCCGCCUGUCGCGGCGCCUCAGCUUCACCCGCAGCGUGUCCCGCGAGGUCUUCAAGCGCUCCAUGUCGCGCUCCAGCCUGCACGACGGCGCCACGCCCAUCAUCGUGCCCGACGACGAGGACAACAUCAACAGCGACCUCGAGGAGGACGUCUUCAGCACCAGCUGCACCAUCGAGGACGACCGCCUCGCCAUCGUCGAGGAGAAGGAGUGAACGCCGCCAGGCGCUCCCCGACCGCAUUUACUCAUCCUUUAUUUAUUGUUUCAUUGUUCAUCGUGGACGUAAAGUAUUGUUGCAUCGUAUUUUUUUUAUCAUGUUGACUCUUUUAUAGUGUACGGUACGAGAGAGAACACAAGACGAAAUUUUUCACUAUGACUGCAUUGUUUAGUAAAUUUCUCUUCUGGGACUGCGAUGAGAAAAUGUUGAAAUACAUUGCAUCCCUGGUGGUGCUUACUUUGCAAUCCAAAAAACAUUUGUACAUAGAAUAUUUUAUACCUAACGUAAUUAUUUCCUCUUACUGUUCUCUGAAUGUGUUCUCUCUGCAUUUAUAAGACUGAAGUUUUGUAGUAAUGUUAGUGUUUUCCAUGAACUUAAGACAUUAUUUUGCGUAGGACAAAUGGUUUUAUAUUAUGGUUUCUCAACAGUAUUAAAUUUUUAUUAAGAGGGUGUUCCUCAAACUUGUCUUGCUUGUAUAACUACUUCUAUAAUGUAUGUGAUGGACCUAGGAUUCGCAUUCCACUACUGAAAUAGUGAAUCUCUUAAUGAAGUUUGUUGAUAAUCAAUCUUAUUUCUAAUAUGAAAGUUGCAACUACAAGUGCAAAUUUUGUAAAUAGUCUGACUUUAUAUAUGAUAAAAGAAAGCUCUUCAAUUUUUAAUAAAAAUUAAAA